CUUGUUUUUUAAGAAAGUGAGAUUUUUAAAGCAGUAUCAUAUGAGCAGCUGUUGCAGAGGAAAACGUUCAGAUCUGCAGUCUGACAGCAUGAAGGUCCUCGUCCUGCUUGUGUGCCUGUCCGUGGGCUGUCUCGCUCAGAGACCACGACAUUGCAGAUACCCACCACUGAUGAGCGGAAGCCUGUCUGUGUCCACUGCAAGUCAGAAGCUGCUGGCGUUCUCCAAGUACAUCUAUGAUGGACUGGGAGAGCGCAUCCGCUUCAGACAGUUUGGACUCUAUGACAAUAAGACCUACCACCUUGAUGUGCUUCUACUGUACAGAGAGGGUGUUAUGUAUAAAAUAAACAACAAGAACCGCACAUGCACUAAGCAGCGUCUGAGCCCUGACUUCCACCCGCUGGCAGUUCCAAGAAAUGCCACCCUGAUGGGCCAGGUUGUGUUAGGUGCCUCCUCUGGUCCUGGACAGGGAGUCCUGGUCAACAGUUGGUACGGGGAGCAGAAGAUGAAGACGGGAUCAGCCAAGUACUUUACCACUGUCACCCAUUUUGGAUGCAUCCCCGUCAGUACUCUGUACCACACCAGCAGCGGUGACUGGGUGGUCAACAGCACGCGACUACACACACGUAGCAGCGAAAACAGAGCAAGUGGGCGGGACACACAGCGGCAGGCUGCUUUCCCAUUGGUCAACACAUACUGGGACCUGUGUAUUCUGAUUGGUUCGGCAGGCUGUCCAUUUCUCCUCAUAUUUAUCACUCCUUAAAGUGGUACCCUCCUUUUAUGUGGGUUACACAUUGGAUUAGUCCAGGGGUGUCGAACUCCAGGCCUCGAGGGCCGGUGUCCUGCAGGUUUUAGAUAUCACCCUGGGUCAACACACCUGAAUCAAAUGAUUAGUUCAUUACCAGGCUUCUGGAUAACUGCAAGACAUGUUGAGGAGGUAAUUUAGCCAUUUGAAUCAGCUGUGUUGGAUAAAGGACACAUGUAAAACCUGCAGGACACCGGCCCUCGAGGUCUGGAGUUCGACACCUGUGGAUUAGUCGAUCCCCAAAAACUCAACCCGCCAUUUUUCUGCAUGAAUGCUGAGCAGGGGGAUGAAGACGAGCCAGUAACAUUUCUCAGCUUGUUUAAAGAAUGAUUUUACAAAGGGUGGUGACAAAGAUGAUGAUGAUGAUGAUUCACUGAACUGCAUUGCUGCCAUUCAUAAACAAGCUUCAUUUGGUUAAAAUUCAUGCCAA